UAUAUUAUGUACCGUGCACUUGCAUGACGUAAAGUGCCCGUGCAGUCCGCCACCAAUCACAACCAUCAUCAAUAAUCGCAUCUCCGACAUCAAAGACCAUCACCAUCAGUAAUGGACAAAGCCCUCCUACCCGACCGCGAAGAAAUCCACGAAGCCUGUCGCGAAGGUCGCUAUGCGAAGGUCGAAGAGCUUCUCCUCGCGAAUCCGAAGCUCGCCUCGCGCCGCGACAGCGACGACCGCCUUCCGCUCCACUGGGCAAUAAGCUACAGCCACUUGUCGAUCGUGACGCUCCUCUCGGACCAGUCCUCCUUCGACGUGGACGCGGUGGACGGCAGCGGCUGGACACCGCUCCAGAUCGCCUGCUCGAUCAAAGACGGCGAAUCCCUCGUCUCGUUCCUGCUCUCGCGCGGGGCCGACGUCAACGCCAAGACCAACGCGGGGCAGACGGCGCUGCACUUCGCCGUAUCGAAGCAGAAUUUCCCGCUGUGCCGACUGCUCCUGGGACCGCCGCAUAAGGCUAGCGCUAGGGUGAAGGACCGCAGAGGACAGCUGCCGAUUCAUAGGGCGGCGGCGGUGGGGAGUGCCCCGCUUAUCAACCUGCUGCUGGAUCAUCAGAGCCCGAUCAAUGCGAAGGAUGCGGAUGGCUGCACGCCGUUGCAUCAUGCCAUCGCCGAGGGCCAUGGUGAUGCCGCCGUCGCCCUGUUGAAACGCGGAGCCGAGACCGAUAUCAAGGAUGGAGAUGGAAAGCUGGCGAUUGCGUGCGCGCCAGAUAAGAAGGUGGGGAUGUAUAUCCUCAACGCAGCGACCGAGGAGGGAAUCGAGAUUACCAUGCCGGAGGGUGUUACAAGUGUGUAGCCAGAGGCGCUGGAAUACGGGAGGCAUGGUGAUGGCGAUGGCGUUUGGAUGCGAUUUACUAGGCUUUCGGGAGCAUUGGGGAAUAUCAACAGGUUUACGUGGGUGUUCGAUGAGGGCGGUGGUGAAGAAACUAGGUGUCGUUUCGAGUUGAAUG